UUCAAUCAACGAACAUUUACGAAAUUAGCCACGUUAGAUGUAUACAUGUAACGUAGUAAUGUCACACCUUAUAAUAGAUGCAAAAGUUGUUCAAUCCCACUUCUAUUUAGUCAACAAUUCUUCUCUCUCUUCAAAUUUCACUCCACCAAAAAAAAUGUCUUCCAAAACUGAACUCAUCAACCAAAAAAGCCUCAGCCAACGCCGCCCAUCCUCCACUUCCUUCCGGUGGAGCCUCCGGACUCGGGCACGGCUCCCCACCAUCCGCCUCGGUGGGAAGAAGCCGCGGCGCGGCUUCUUCCUGCUCAGGCUAUGCAAGAAGGCGAAGCUCAAGUGGCUAAAGCUCAAGUACUUGAGCAUGCUCAAAAAAUUGAAGAGAUAUUAUAAUGAGUUAGUGAAGGAUAUGAUCGAAGGGAGCGGGACGAUUGAGUCAUUUCAGCAACGCAUGCUUCUAGAAACUUCUUUUGCUAUUCCGGUCAUGGGCCUUUCGUUGAAUAGCUAUCCAUCAAGUAAUCAACACUGGUGAAUGGAAGAAUGACGAGGUUUGAUUUUUUAUGUAACAAAUUGCGUUUUUCGCGUCUCGGUGUUGUUGUAUUAGUUGGUAUGUGUAAAAUCAUGGUGAUGAAAUUGAUCUCUUGUGAUUUUAUGCUUAUGAUUUGUAAUUAUAACUUUUAAUGUUUUUUUUUUUUAUGUUUUUGAGAAAUUGUAAGAAUGUAACAAAUAGGGAAGGAAAGGAAGUUCAUGAUCAAUCACUUUCUUUUGUGUAAAAGUGAUUGAAGAAUUACAUGUAUGGAUAAAGACUACUUACA